CCCCCUCCCGCCGCCUUGAUUCUUCUUCAUCCUCUCCCUCCGAACCCCGCAUCGCCUCCCAUAAAAAAUGACCGACGCCGAGCCCUCCUCCCCUUCCUCCGCCGCCUCCGCCGACUCUUCAUGCGCCGCCGUCUGCUCCACCUCCGCCACCGCGGCCGAGGCAAGCCCGCCGCCGUCGUCGGUGUGCUCCGGCUGUGGCGGCCCCACCGCCUCCAUCUCCUCUGCCGCCGGCCGCCACUUCCUUGGCUUCGUCGCCGCCCUCUCCCACUCUGUCCACGGCCGCAAGAUCUCCGACCCCGUUCUCCCCCUCCACCAAACCGUCACCUCCCUCCUCUCCCUCCUCCAAGCCCUAACCUCUUGGAUCGAUGAGAUUCCCCCACUCCCCCACUCCGCCCGCUACAGCAACCCCGCCUACCGCUCCUGGCUCGCCCGCCUCUCCGCCGAGGCCCCCGCCCUCCUUCUCCCCCUUAUUACCUCCAAGGAGCUCCUCCCUGCCGCUGACAAGCUUCUCCCCUACCUCCUCGACUUCUUCAGCAAUGCCUCCCGCAUCGACUACGGCACCGGCCAUGAGACCAACUUCGCCGCCUUCCUCUACUGCCUCGUCCGCCUCGGCCUCAUCAGGGAGGAGGACUACCCGACCCUCGUCACCCGGGUCUUCGUCGCCUACCUCGAACUCAUGCGCAGGCUCCAGAUCACCUACUGUCUCGAGCCCGCUGGGUCUCACGGUGUCUGGGGCCUCGACGACUACCACUUUCUCCCCUUUAUCUUUGGCUCAGCUCAGCUUAUUGAUCACAAGUAUAUGAAGCCCAAGUCGAUUCACAACCAGGACAUUCUUGAUAACUUCUCCCACGAGUAUAUGUACUUGGCCUGUGUGGCUUUUGUCAAGAAGGUGAAGAAGGGGGUGUUUGCUGAGCACUCCCCGAUGCUUGAUGAUAUCAGUGCGGUCCCGACAUGGAGCAAGGUGAACAGUGGAAUGCUGAAGAUGUAUAAGGCUGAGGUGCUUGAGAAGGUGCCCAUCAUGCAGCAUUUUGUCUUUGGUUCGCUCAUCAAAUGGCAAGCAAAAAGAUAGCCGAUGCAAAGCUUGCAAAAGAUUUCCAAGCAGUUCUGAAAGAGUUUCAGAAAGCUCAAAGGCUUGCAGCUGAGAGGGAAACUGCUUAUGCCCCUUUUGUUCCUCAAGCAGUUCUUCCUUC